ACACGUUAACCAGAGCAGAGCUGACACAGGAAGGAAGUAGAAGUGGUUUUGUUUUAUUUUUUUAUUUUUUUCUCUGAAGAAAUGGCCGCAGCGGUACAGGUUAAGAUUGGAAUCAUUGGUGGUUCGGGUCUGGAUGAUCCUGAUAUCUUGGAAGGAAGAAGCGAGAGAUAUGUUGAAACCCCCUAUGGAAAGCCUUCAGAUGCUCUGAUAGUGGGAAAGAUAAAAAAUGUUGACUGUGUGCUCCUGGCAAGACAUGGAAGGCAACACACAAUAAUGCCAACAAAUGUCAACUAUCGAGCCAAUAUUUGGGCACUCAAAGAAGAAGGCUGCACCCACUUGGUUGUGACGACAGCAUGUGGCUCACUAAGGGAGGAGAUUCAGCCUGCAGACAUUGUCAUUAUUGACCAGUUCAUUGACAGGACAACAAGAAGACAUCAGACCUUUUAUGAUGGGAGCUCUACCAGCCCUGCUGGGGUCUGUCACAUUCCAAUGGCUGAUCCCUUCUGUAACAAAACAAGAGAGGUUCUGAUAGAGGUGGCAAGGAACCUCGGAGUGAAGUGCCACCCCAAAGGGACCAUGCUGACAAUCGAGGGACCGCAUUUCUCUUCCAGGGCAGAGAGCCUGAUGUUCCGCCAGUGGGGUGCUGACGUCCUCAAUAUGACCACUGUUCCAGAAGUAGUUCUAGCCAGAGAAGCCGGCCUCUGCUAUGCAAGUAUUGCCAUGGCAACAGACUAUGACUGCUGGAAGGAACACGAAGAAACGGUAUGUGUGGACAAUGUGUUAAAAACAAUGAAGGAAAAUGCAAACAAAGCUGCCAGUAUUCUUCUCACUGCAGUGCCACAUAUUAGCAAAAUGGAUUGGACAGAAACUGUAAAGAACAUGAAAACUGUAGUGCAGUGUUCAGUCAUGUUACCAAAACACUGAAAUGACGGAAACUGCUGAAGGAAAACUUUUUCACAUCCGUAAUUGGCAUGUAAAACCAAAAUCUGCUGGACCGUCAAACUUGUAUAACCUCAAACAAUGUAACUGCAAAAACAUGUAGUGUGUAUAACCCCUGUAUUGCUUGUUUGUUUUUGUUUCAUUCAUGUAACAAUAAAUUGCUAGGAAAUCGCCUGUAUUGCAUGGUUUUAUUUUCUUAUAUGAUUUCCACUACAUGAGAGUAGAUGUUGAACUUCAUGCUGAUUUGAACUCGGCUGUAAGACUCUAAGACACCAACUAAGCAGUAGCUUUGCAGUAAGCUAAUGUGAUCCAUCUGCAUCUCCAUCCAUUUGC